AUGGAUCUCCUUCACAGCAAUGGAGUGCUUAUCAUUCAGCAUUUACAGAGGGACUACAGGGCUUACCAGGAUUUCCUAAAUUUUAUGUCACAUGUUGGUGAUCCCCGGAAUAUAUUUUCAAUUUAUUUUCCUCUUUGGUUUCAGCUCAACCAAGUGGUUGGUACUAAAAUGAUAUGGGUGGCAGUCAUUGGUGAUUGGUUCAACCUCAUAUUUAAAUGGAUUUUAUUUGGCCAUCGCCCUUACUGGUGGGUGCAAGAAACAAUGAUUUAUCCUAAUCAGUCAAGCCCAUGCCUUGAACAGUUUCCUAUAACAUGUGAAACUGGACCAGGAAGCCCAUCUGGACAUGCCAUGGGAUCAUCCUGCGUCUGGUAUGUAAUGGUCACAGCAGCACUUAGCUACACAGUUAGAUGGAAAGAUAAAUCAGCUGUUACCCUUCACAGACUAACAUGGUCAUUCCUCUGGAGUAUUUUUUGGAUUAUCCAGAUCAGUGUGUGCAUCUCAAGAGUGUUCAUAGCAACACAUUUCCCUCAUCAAGUUGUUCUUGGAGUAUUUGCUGGCAUUCUUGUGGCAGAAGCAUUUGAGCAUACCCCUGCUAUUCAGACAGCAAGCUUGAGAAUGUACAUCAAGACAAACUUGUUUCUUUUCAUCUUUGCCCUUGGCUUUUAUCUAUCCCUCAAGCUUCUUGAUAUUGACUUGCUAUGGUCUGUUCCAAAGGCCAAGAAGUGGUGUGCCAACCCAGACUGGAUAAACAUUGACACAACUCCGUUUGCUGGACUGGUGAGGAACUUAGGUGCACUCUUUGGUUUAGGUCUUGGAAUUAAUUCUGAAAUGUUCAUCACGAGCUGCAAAGGUAAAAAUAGCUGCAGGAUAAGUUUUCGCCUACUGUGUGUAGCUGCUUCUUUAGCUACGCUGCAGUUGUAUAAUUUUGUUAGGAUACCUACUCAUACUGAGUAUUUGUUCUACAUUCUCUCUUUUUGUAAGAGCGCAGCUAUGCCUCUGACUGUGGUUGCCUUGGUUCCGUACUGUGUCCACUCGUUAAUGAGGACAACUGAAAAGAAACUUAAUUAG